AUUUGUUUGUUGAAUUCACCUGUUUGUUGUUGAUUUAAAGUUUUGUUUUUUUUCGUGUUGAUUAAUUAAAAUAAACACAAUGGAUCCGUUUUCCGAUCAAUCUAAAGAUGAUGGUGAACAUCAUCAUCAUAAUGAUGAUAAUGAUGAUGAUUCAAUGAAUCAAACCAAUGAUAAAGGAGAUAAAAAUUUGAAAUCCGCACCAAAAUUGAUACUGUCAUCUGAAACAAUAAGUGAAUGGACAUUAGUAUAUUCAGAUUCAAAUUCAUCAAUUUUCGAUUCAUCAUCAAUGGCAAGUAAUGAUGAACAUGAACAAGCCAUCAAAAAUAUUGUUGAUAAAAAUCCUGAUAAUGAUGAUGAUGAUGAUGAUGGUGAUAAUGUCAAGAAUAUUACAUCGACAGAAAUGAAUGAUGAAAUUCAGGAGCUAGAAAAAUCACAAAAUGAUCAAUCAUCAAAUGAACGAAGAUAUUCUGAUGCAUCAACAUCUUCGAUAAUUGUUUUUAAUGAAAAUGAUCAUAAUGUUUCCGAAUCAAAUGAUGAUAAAUGUGGCGAAUCGUUGAAACAAAAUGUUGAUUCAGAUAGCCGACAAAGACGAUCAUCGAUUGAUCGUAUAUCGACAACAACUUCAUUGACUUCCAAUAGUACUGCUAAUAUGACAACUACAUCAGAUUCAGAAACCAAUUCAGAUGAUGAAGUAUUUGUUCAUAGUGUUCAUCAAGAUAAUAAUAAUCCUCGAUUAGAUCAUAUAAAUAAAUCAGAAUCACAAAAUUGUUGCGCAAAACAUCGUAAUGAAUCCAUGUAUAAUAAUAAACACUCGACGAGUAAACAUCAUCAUCAAAGAUCACGAAAUCAUAACCAUCAUCCACAUCAAUUACAUCGACGACGACAAGCAUCGGUCAAUAAUAAUAAUCAAUAUCGAACAUCAACAAACACUAUUCGACGUAGACGAACUAUACAUGGAUCACAGUCACAAGAUCAAGUUUCAAUCAAUCAUCAUCAUCAUUGUGGUUCUGCCAUUAUAUCACCGCCAAUAUUUUUAUUUCCUGAUCAAAUGAUGAAUCCAGAUGUGAUGAUGAUGGCCAAUGAUGAUCAGGACAUUGUCUUGGUUGAUAAAGCUAUUAAUGAUGUUUCGCUUCCAGUAUCUUCUGUUCUUAAUGGUUGUUCCAUUGAUUCAAAUCAAUUUCAUGAACAAUAUUUGGUGGCCAAAUAUGAUGAUGAAGACCAAGAACAUCAUGCUGAUCUAUCGAAUUCGGAAUCCGAUGAGUUGUUAUUGGACCAAUAUGAUAUUCCUUUGAUGAAUGCAAAAACCGGUCGUAUACGAGCAUAUUUCCAUAAGCCAAACACUGUAUUAAAUAGCAAGCUCAAUUUAGCAUUAAUACUUUCAUUAGCUGCUGUCAUCGGUUUAGGUGUUGGACAUUUUCUUGGUUGGUCCACUUUACUUAAUCAACAGAAACAACUUUCAUUGGCACAAGUGAUGAAAUUGAAACAAUUACAAGAUGAUUUAUUGACUUGUAUGAAAGAUCAACGUAUACAACUAUCAUCCGAAUAUACAUUGGAUAAUGACCAUCAUAAAGUUUGUGUUAACGAUGCUGAUUAUUGGACAGAACGUUUUCGUUCGUUGUUUGAUGAAAAUCAAGGUUUAAAAGAAUUGUUUCAAAAAACACAGAAAAAUUUUGCCGAAAAUCGUUUUGAUUCUAUAUUGGAUGAUAAGGAAUUUAAUAACAAAAAUACAAACGAAGAAUUCCAUAAACUUAAAUUAGAUUUACUUAUCAAACAAAUGGAACAUUUGAAAUUAUUGGAAGUUUUGGAGGAUAUAAAAUCGAAAGGUGAACGAUCAGCAAAACGUGUUCUUGUGUUGGAAGAAGAAAAUGAAGAUCUUAAACACAAAUUAGAGGAAGAAGAACAGGAUGAUCGUAUAAUGGCUGAAGAUUAUAAUUUACGUGUAACACAAUUACAAGAGGAAAAUCAAGAAUUACGUGACCAAUUUCGUAUUGAUGAAGAUGAGGAUGGACGUUUGAUUAAUGAAUUACAAUCAAAAAUUAGAUUCUUAGAUUCAAACAAUCAACAGCUACGACGAUUGUUAAAAAAUUUGGAACAACAAAUCUCUAUGCAUAAUGAUAAUGAUGAUGAUGAGCCAAUGAUAAUAUCGAUGGAAACGAAUAAUAAUAAUAAACAGAAUUCAAUGGAAAAAGAAAAUUCGAAUGAACAAGAUCGCUAUCAAUCAUCAUCAGAAUCAUUAAUCGUUAAUGAAAAUGAAUCUUAUCAACGAUACGAUAUUGUAAGACAACGAAUCAAUCAAUUAAUGUUAGAAAAUGAAGAAUUAAAGGCCAAAAUUGCACGAUAUCGUUGGACAAAUAGUGAACAACAACAAUACAAAAUGAAACCAUCAUCAUCAGCUACAGCUUCGACAAUUAAUCUAAAUAAUGAUAAUGAUGAUGAUGAUCGACAACAAGAAUCAUCAUCAUCGUCAUCAUCAUCCUUAUCAAAACAACAAUUAGAGCAAUUAAAAAUUCGUUUAACUAUAAUGCAUCGACAAUUGUUAUUAUCACGUGAAGAGAAUCAAAAAUUACGAAAUCGAAAUGAACAUCUUGCUGAACAAAAUAAAUUAUUGACAUUGAAAUUGAAAAAACGAAAUAUGGAUAAAUUUUUCAAUCGAGGUGUUCCACGUCAUGAUUCAGUAUCAUCAUCAUCUUCAUCAUCAGAUGAUUAUGAUUUCGAAAUCAAUGAUGACGAUAAUAAUUAUAAUGAUGAUGAUGAUGAUGAUGGUGUUGUCGAUGAUAAUGAUUCAAUCAAUAAUGAUGAUAAUGAGAAUAAUCAUGGAAAUCAAAUAUGGUCAUCAUUUAUGGAUCAAAUGUCCGAUAAUUAUUAUCGAUGGUCAAAAAAAUUGAAAAAACAUGGUGCCAAUCUGGAUGGCACUAGUUUCAAGCUAUUUAAUUAUGGCAAAGAAUUAAUGCAAUCCACUAUGGAUGGAAUGCAAAAAAUUUCCAAACAAUUAUUAGAUAGUUAUCAGCAACAAAAACAACAGAAUCAUAAUAAUAAAAAAAAUAGUCCAGAUAUGAUGAAAUAUUUUACUGAUCGUAUAAAUGAUUUUUCAUCUAUGAUUGAAAAAGGUUUACAAUCAACUGUAAAUGAAUUUAAAUCUGUCAUAAAUUCAGCUACAACCAUCGACCCGAAUGUUGCCAAUUCGAAUACUAAUAAUAAUGAUAAUAAUAAUAAUGACAAUUUUCGUGAAAAUCGUAAAAAAGAAAAAAGAAUGAAAAAAUUGUGUUGUUGGAUUAUUGAUGAUGAUGAUGAUAUAAUUUAA